CGAGGGUUACUCUCUAGAUGUCCCUUAGGGUGUCUGACGUCACGGAGUGCGUAUAUAAGGCUUGGCAAGUCGUUGGAAAAGCAUCAUUCGCUUCUGUGCUUUAACCAAGUAACAACUACCAGUAAUACAAAAUGAGUUUCAACGAUUACAUUGUAUCUUCAAACAACUCCAUCAACGAGAACAAGAUGAACAACAAGAAAACCAAGACCGCAGUGUAUCAAUUCAAGAAGAUCACCAAGGCUCUUCUUCAAGCUUUACGCAAAAACAACAAGAACACCUACAAGAAAUCACCGCAGCCAACAUACUACAAUGACGAAUACGAUUCCGAAAUCGAAGACAAUUUCGCCAACGAGAUCCUCGAGAACGAAAUCUUCGAAGAAAUCGACUCAUGUGAAGAAUUCUCCGGUGUACAAGUUUACGAUGGUGACAACAUGGAUGUCCUCCCGGUCUUCAAAGGUCAAAGAUACAUCCCAGUACAUUUCGCCAGAACCGAUGCCGGUACCUUUUUCUGGACCUCAAUGGUUAACGCUGAUGCCGAUAUCAACUCCCAAGGAGACGCCAAUGCAAUUUGCAACUUCCAAAAACCAGAGAUGCAAGUCGCUGAUAGAUGGGCACAGGCCUAAAUAUUUCAUUAAGCCUCAAUUCGCCUGUGAUGACCACUUAAUACUUUAUUUAACAUUAUGUGAUUGAUUUGCUCAACUCCUCGACUGAUGUCUUUGUGAUAUUUUAUUAUAAUUGUAUUUUUUUGUAUAUUUGCUACAGUUUUGUAGCUGUGAUAAAAGCUUUAAUUGUUUUUUAAUUGUAAUGAUGUCUUCCUUAGAUUUAAGUAUAUUUUUUAUUUUGAAAUAAAAUGAAUUUA